AUGCGCUUCACGCUCGCCUUUGUCGCCCUCUCUGCCCUCACGGCCGUGUCCGCCUCGCACGUCUCCGUCUUCCGCCGCCAGUCGCUGCCCACGUGCGCACAGACCUGCCUCGCCAACGCCGACACGGGCAACUGCGGCACGGACGACACCUGCCUGUGCAAGAGCCAGGCGUUCAUCAGCAGCACCACGUCGUGCAUCGAGUCGACCUGCCAGGGCAGCGACCUCGCCGCCGCCGAGUCCGCCGCGCAACAGCUGUGCGCCGCCGUUGGCGUCACCCUGACGGCAUCGUCGGCGUCCGCGACCGCGCCCUCGGGCAGCGCUACCUCCCCGUCCAGCACGGGCUCUGCUUCGGGCUCCUCGACGAGCUCGGCUGCCCCUUCGCAAACGUCAGCCAACGGUGCCCGCGCGAACGGUGCCAACAUGGUCGCCGGCCUCGCCGCCGUCGGUCUCGCUGCCCUCGCUCUGUAA